ACCUUUUUCAGUUUUAAAUUAAAUAUCAUAAGUUCUUCAAUACAUGAUGGUUCUGCUUGAAAAUGAUGCGUUUCUUAUCGAAUUGACAACACUAUAUCAAAAGAGCAGAACUUCAGGAACUGUUAAUUUAACUAUGAAGAAAUAUGAUGGACGAACAAAACCAACACCAAAACCAGAUAAACCUAGCCGAACAAGACCUUCUUCGCCACUUGAACCAGUUCAACACGACUUAUGUUUGAUACGAGCGAGCAAUGGAAAAAAGAAAAUCAGCACAGUCGUUACCGCUAAAGACAUUAAUCGAUUUCAAAUGGCAUACACAAGCGUAUUACGAGGAAAUUUUGAUGCGCUAAAGAAAAGAGACAGAAAAAAAGCAAAAGCUCCUACAAAGUCUCCACAAACAUGAAUUCUUAAUAUUGUUGGAAGUGUCCAUCAAUCAAACUGAAUUUCCUGAUGCAGUAAAUUUUGGAUUACAAAUUUAUAUGUUAUUUAAAUUCCUGGAGAAAUAACUUAUUGGAUUGAUUGAACAUCUCUAACGGUCUUAGUGCAAUCAUGUUACAGACCGGUCAACAAGAUAUGAGAGAAAAGACCUGAAUAUCAGGACAAUAUUGUGUGGUGUUUUACAGAUUAAGAUUUUUAUGCUUUUGUUGGGGUUCCGGUGGGAAUUGUUUUAUUGUAAAUAAAUUAUCCAGUCAUCAUGA